UAUAUGCCAAAGCACCGUAAUAGGAAGAGACAUUCCAGGAAGAAGACUAAGACUAAGAGCUUAGUGGUUCACCAAGAGAAGCAGUUUAAAGCAAUCUCUUCUGUUAUGUUCCCUCCACAAAGAGAGGAUCAGAAGGAAGACAAACUUUUGAGAGAGAAACGUGCCGGCAAGCCAGAAGGGAUACAAAGAGUCUCGCUUAGGAUAGCCAAUGAUAUGGAUGUAUAUAAGUCAAAAAUUAGUCAGGUGUUAAUGAAGAGAAAGAAAAAGAUGGAAGACCCUUAUAUGAGUAGAAUGGAGUCUGAAAGUUGGGAUACAGAAAGAAUGGACUCUGCUUCAGACUUCUAUGAUCCUAAAUGAGACACUUUACCUAAUAAUCUCGUCAUCCGCCCCAGAUACUCAGAACUCCCAAAAACACCUCUAAAGCCAUCCAACUCCCUCUCCCCACCAAAAAUCUCCAAAUCCAUUGCCCAAACCUUCCUCAAUCCCUCAAAUAUCCCCUCCAAAAUGCCUCAAAAAGCUCUCAACAGCUCUAUUCCCACUAAUUUCUUGCGAAACACCCAUCUCAGUCACAACAAGAUCAAGAACUGAUCUUCAAUUCCUGUACCUGAGCUAGGAAUUUCGCAGAAAUUCCUGUCUCAGGAACAGAUUUCCAAAAAUCUGUUCCUGACUAAGAUUGACCAUGAUAUUCGGUCUUUCAAGCUGAAUUUUGAGUCACAGAAUGAUCUAGAGGGAGUGAAGAAUAAGACCAGUUUGGUGCCUAGAUGGCCUCUUAAGGAAGAAAUAAGGGAAAAUUUGGAAGAAAGGAAGGAGAGUGUGGAGAUUAAGCAGGAUUUUGGGAAUAAAGGAAGCAGUUAUUAUAGGGCUGAAGAGGUAAAAUGGAAUAAAAGAAAAUUUCAAGAUGAAUAUAAGAAGCAAAUAGAUUUAAUAAAAGUCAACAAGAUUGACCUUAUCCCUACAGAAAUUCAAGACAGACGUAAUGAAACUAGAUUAAAAAUAUCUUACAACAGAUCUCUUCAACCUUCACCUUUUGUAACUGCUCAGAAGAAGAAACUUAAAGGAAACAAUUUGUUCAUGAAGACUUAUGAUGAUUCCAAAAUGUAUUUCAGAGAGCAUAAUUAAAAAGAAAGAUACCUUGAGGACAGCUUUAGGGUCAAAGCUUCAAGUUGUUAAUUACUCAUCAUUAGCAAAGAAGUCUCAUUCUAUAUCAACUCCUGAUAUAAAUGAAACUAAGAUUGAUUCUGAGAGUAUUAAAGAAUCUGAAACUACUAAAGAUAUGCAGAAUCCUCCUUCGGUAGUCUACCAAAAAUUUAGAAUAACAGUAUCAAAAAACCAUUCUGAGCUUCGUAAAAAUUUAAUGUCCCAUAAAUAAACAAAAAGUCCUAAAAUCCAAACGCAAAAAGCACCUUCCAAUGCUUCCUAGCCUGUCUAAAGGCUUAAAAGGGAUCAAAUCCACUUCAAAACCAAGUAUAAGUGAGAAAAUUGAACAAGAGUUCCACAAAUUUCCUUCAAAACCACCUUCUCACUUGAAUUCUGGUCAAAUUUCACCUCAAAAAUCGGACCAGUUACAUCUCCACCAGUCUAAUUCAGCUGCUGAUUACCUGUGCCAGGUGGCACAGGAGCCUAGCCAGGUUACCUUCAAUAUAAACUGAGGGGCUAAGCCCUCUAGAGGGUUUAGCCAAGGUAAUGUGAAGGAUCAGUUCUUGCCAAUGUCCAAGAGCUUCACGAAGAAAAUCGAUUAAGAAUGAAGAAAUUGGGAAUAAUUUCAGGAUUU